CUCAGUUGAGAUAAACAGUGCAUGGAUUACAUAUGAUUGGGGUUGAAUAUAUAUUGGGAUGUACACUCAUAUUUAAACACGAGAUAUGACGACAGAUAUAUCAAUUGUCCGAUGGGACCCCAGCCAGGGUCCUAGCAACGAGUAUAUAGAUGAAUAUGAGUAUGAUGGUGGCAAUUCAAGUUCACGUUUAUUUGAACGAUCUCGGAUUAAAGCGUUGGCUGAAGAAAGAGAAAAUGUUCAGAAAAAAACAUUUACAAAGUGGGUCAAUUCUCACUUGUGUCGAGUGAAUUGCAGAAUUUCUGACCUUUAUGUUGAUAUGCGUGAUGGAAAACAUAUAAUAAAGUUAUUAGAAGUUUUAUCGGGUGAACGUUUACCCAAGCCAACAAAAGGCAAAAUGAGAAUUCACUGUUUAGAGAAUGUGGAUAAAGCAUUGCAAUUUUUACGAGAACAGCGAGUUCAUUUAGAAAAUAUUGGAUCACAUGAUAUAGUUGAUGGCAAUGCAUCACUUAAUUUGGGUUUAAUUUGGACAAUCAUAUUAAGAUUUCAGAUUCAAGACAUUACCAUAGAAGAAGUUGACAACAAAGAAACUAAGUCAGCAAAAGAUGCCUUACUUCUUUGGUGUCAAAUGAAAACUGCAGGUUAUUAUAAUGUCAACGUUAGAAAUUUUACCACAUCAUGGAGAGAUGGACUGGCAUUUAAUGCUAUAAUACAUAAACAUCGUCCAGAUUUACUUCAGUUUGAAAAACUAUCGAAAAGCAACGCAAUUCAUAAUUUAAAUAAUGCAUUUGAUAUUGCUGAAGAUAAACUUGGUCUUGCAAAAUUACUUGACGCAGAGGACGUUUUCGUUGAACAUCCAGAUGAGAAAUCAAUUAUAACUUAUGUAGUUACUUAUUACCACUACUUCAGCAAACUUAAACAAGAAACUGUUCAGGGAAAACGUAUUGGAAAAGUAGUGGGAAUAGCAAUGGAAAAUGAUAAAAUGAUUCAAGAUUAUGAAAAUUUUACCAGUGAUCUUUUAAAGUGGAUUGAAACUACAAUUGAUACACUUGGCGAACGUGAUUUUGUGAAUUCUCUAGUUGGUGUACAAGGACAACUCGCACAGUUUUCUAAUUACCGAACUAUUGAAAAACCACCUAAAUUUGUUGAAAAAGGAAAUUUAGAAGUCCUACUAUUUACAUUACAAUCAAAAAUGCGUGCAAAUAACCAAAAACCUUACACACCCAAAGAGGGCAAAAUGAUUUCUGAUAUUAAUAAAGCUUGGGAGCGUUUAGAAAAAUCUGAACAUGAACGUGAAUUAGCUCUUCGAGAAGAAUUAAUUCGACAAGAAAAGUUAGAACAGCUUGCAGCACGUUUCGAUCGUAAAGCCUCAAUGCGUGAAACUUGGUUAUCCGAAAAUCAAAGACUUGUCAGUCAAGACAACUUUGGGUUUGAUCUUGCAGCAGUUGAAGCUGCAGCUAAAAAACAUGAAGCUAUUGAAACAGAUAUAUUUGCCUACGAAGAACGAGUACAAGCUGUUGUAGCUGUUUGCGAUGAGUUGGAAUCAGAACGCUAUCAUGACGUCAAACGUAUAUUACUUCGUAAAGAGAAUGUGAUGCGGUUAUGGAAUUAUUUAUUAGAAUUACUUAGAGCACGAAGAAUGCGCUUAGAAAUUUCUUUACAAUUACAACAGAACUUUCAAGAAAUGUUGUAUAUUUUGGAUAAUAUGGAGGAAAUCAAGCAAUUACUUUUAACCGACGAUUAUGGCAAACAUUUGAUGGGUGUGGAAGAUCUGCUUCAAAAGCACUCACUUGUUGAAGCUGAUAUCAACAUUCUUGGUGAACGUGUCAAAGUUGUUGUUCAAAAUUCGCAAAAAUUCCUUAGUGAUGACAUAGAAUCAUAUAAACCUUGCGAUCCUGAUAUCAUUGUGAGUCGUGUACAGCAGCUAGAAGAUGCAUAUGCUGAGCUUGUACGUUUAGCAGUUGAACGUCGAAGUCGAUUAGAAGAAAGUAGAAAACUAUGGCAGUUCUAUUGGGACACAGCAGAUGAAGAAAACUGGAUUAAAGAAAAGGAACAAAUUAUGUCAACGGACGAAAUUGGACAUGAUUUAACUACUGUUAAUUUACUUUUAAGUAAACAUAAAGCUUUGGAGUCGGAAAUAACUUCACAUGAUUCUCAACUUCAAAAUGUAGCAAAGAUUGGCGCAGAAUUAAUAACCGAAGGACAUUUUGGAGCAGAUCGUAUUAAAGAUCGUUUAAAAGAAAUUUUAUCUAAGUGGGAUCACUUAUUAGAUAUUACGAAGUAUAGACGACAGCGGCUGGAAAAUGCCGUCGAAUAUUUUCAAUUAUUCGCAGAUGCCGAUGAUGCAGAUAAUUGGAUGUUAGAUACAUUAAGAAUUGUAUCAAGUGAAGAUAUUGGUCGAGAUGAGGCUAAUGUGCAAUCUUUAUUAAAGAAGCAUAAGGAGGUUGCAGAUGAACUUAAAAACUAUGAAGAAGUUGUAGACAUUCUUCACAAACAAGGCAAUUCAUUAAAAUUAAAUGAAACCGAAAAAGUAAAUGUAGAUAAACGUCUUUUAGCAAUAGAAACACGAUAUAAGGAACUAACUGAGUUAGCAAAGUUGCGAAAACAACGUCUUUUGGAUGCAUUAAGUCUCUAUAAACUUAUGUCGGAAGCUGAUGGUGUUGAACAAUGGAUUAGAGAAAAAACAAAAAUGCUUGAUACUAUGGUACCAGGUAAAGAUAUUGAAGAUGUUGAAAUUAUGAAGCAUCGGUUUGAAGGUUUUGAUAAAGAAAUGAAUGCUAACGCUUCACGAGUAGCAGUAGUAAAUCAAUUAGCUAGACAAUUGUUGCAUGUGGAGCAUCCAAAUUCAGAUGAAAUACUUGAGCGGCAGAAUCACCUCAAUCAGGAAUGGUCUUUAUUGCGCGAAAAAUCAGAAGCCAAAAUGGACGACCUUAAAGCCGCACAUGGGGUCCAAACAUUUUAUAUUGAGUGUCGUGAAACUAUUUCAUGGAUUGAAGAUAAAAAAAGAAUUCUUACUGAAACUGAUAGUUUAGAAAUGGAUUUAACUGGUGUUAUGACAUUGCAGAGACGUCUUAGUGGUAUGGAGAGAGAUUUAGCUGCAAUUCAAGCAAAAUUAUCAAGUCUUGGAAAGGAAGCUAAUGGUAUUGAAUCCGAUCAUCCUGAGGAAGCUCAAAUAAUUCGUGACAAAAUUGCGCAAAUCGAACUUAUUUGGGAACAAUUGACACAUAUGCUUAAAGAACGAGAUUCUAAACUUGAAGAAGCUGGAGAUUUACAUCGGUUCCUACGCGAUUUAGAUCAUUUUCAAACGUGGUUAACAAAAACACAAACCGAUGUAGCAUCAGAAGACACUCCUACAUCAUUACAAGAAGCCGAGAAAUUACUUAAUCAGCAUCAAUCUAUUAGGGAAGAAAUUGAUAACUAUACUGAAGAUUACAAAAAUAUGAUGGAAUAUGGUGAACGUUUGACAUCAGAAUCUAGCACAUCAGAUGAUCCACAAUACAUGUUUUUGCGGGAACGAUUAAAUGCGUUGAAAAAUGGGUGGGAGGAUUUGCAUCAAAUGUGGGAAAAUCGACAAGUUCUUUUAUCACAAAGUCUUGACCAACAAUUAUUCAAUCGCGAUGCUAGACAAACAGAAGUACUGCUUAGUCAACAGGAACAUUUUCUAAGCAAAGACGAUACACCUGUAAACUUAGAGCAAGCUGAAAAUCAACUAAAACGUCAUGAAGCUUUUCUUACAACUAUGGAAGCAAAUGAUGAUAAAUUAAAUACUUUAUUACAAGUAGCUGAUUCCUUGAUUGAAAAGGAGCAUUUUGAUUCAGAUAAGAUCGGUAAAAGGGCAGAAAAUAUUGGAAUUCGACGAGAUGACAAUCGUGAGCGUGCUUUAGACCAACAUGAGAAACUUAAAAACCAAGUUAAGCUCCAUGAAUUUUUACAAGAUUUAGAGGAACUGACCGAAUGGGUGCAAGAAAAAUAUGUUACUUCACAAGAUGAAACAUACCGAAGUGCUAAAACUAUACAUUCAAAAUGGACAAGACAUCAGGCAUUUGAAGCAGAGGUUUCUGCUAAUAAAGAACGAUUAUUUGAAGCAGAAAGAGCAGCUCAAGAACUAUCAAAAGAAAAACCUGAAUUUAAAGACGUUAUUGAGCCCAAACUUAUUGAACUUGCUAAACAAUUUGAUGACCUUGAGGUUCACACAAAAGAGAAAGGAGCCGUACUGUUCGAUGCAAAUCGUGAAGUCUUAGUACAACAAACAUGCGAUGAUAUCGAUUCAUAUAUUACAGAGCUUGAAAAGCAAAUUGUAAAUGCGGAUACUGGGAAUGAUUUGACUUCUGUUAAUAUUCUUAUGCAAAAACAACAAGUAAUUCAAACACAAAUGGCAGUUAAAGCACGUCAAGUUGAAGAAAUCGAUAAACAAACAGAAUAUUUGCAGAAAACAGUCCCGGAAGAAAAAAUUGAACCUAUUGUAGUAAAGAAAACAGCAGUUCUUGAGCGGUUUGAAAAAAUUAAAGCUCCUCUUGUUGAACACCAAAAACAGUUAGAAAAGAAAAAAGAAGCAUUUCAGUUUUGUCGCGAUAUUGAAGAUGAGAAACUUUGGAUUGAUGAGAAACUACCUGUGGCCAAUUCAAAGAAUUAUGGAAAUUCACUAUUUAAUGUGCAUGUCUUGAAAAAAAAGAAUCAAUCACUUUCUACAGAAAUUGAUAAUCAUGAACCAAGAAUAAUGUCCAUAUGUCAUAAUGGCAGAAAACUAAUCGAUGAAGGUCAUGAAGAUUCUAAGAAGUUUGAGAGUUUAAUUAGUGACUUAACACAAAAAUGGCAGGAACUUAAGGAUGCAAUUGAACAACGUAAGAAACAUUUGUUGGAGUCAGAAAAAGUACAACAAUACUUCUUUGAUGCACAAGAAGCUGAAUCUUGGAUGAGUGAAUUGGAAUUAUAUAUGAUGGUAGAGGACCGUGGUAAAGAUGAAAUUAGCGCGCAGAACUUAAUGAAAAAGCAUGAAAAUCUCGAACAGUCUGUAGAAGAUUACGCAAAUACUAUUCGUCAGCUGGGUGAACUUGCUCGUCAAUUCAAUGCAGAUGAUGUUUCUAGUGGCGAUGCUGUUGCAGUUAAACAGUCUCAACUAGAUAAACUGUAUGCCGGCCUAAAAGACCUUGCUGGAGAACGUCGAGCAAGAUUAAAUGAAGCUUUACAGUUAUUUAUGUUAAGCCGGGAAGUUGAUGACUUAGAACAAUGGAUAUCGGAUAGAGAAGUUGUGGCUGGAUCUCAGGAACUCGGUCAAGACUUUGACCAUGUUACACUGCUUUCAGAAAGAUUUAGUGAGUUUGCACGUGAUACUGAAUCGGUUGGAGGAGAACGAGUUGCGAAAGUUAAUACAAUUGCUGACAAUUUAAUAACUGCAGGACAUUCCGAUUCUGCAACUAUUGCAGAAUGG